AUAUAUAGUAGAUGGGUUUCCUUUAUCACUACUCACGCGAACCCAAACUUUCCUUGAAUAGAGCUGCAGCUGCCCUCUAAUUGUUGACGAUUAUGGUUUUCCAAAAGAGAGUUGUGGAUGAGGUCUCCGGCUGGCUCCGGGUUUUUGAAGACGGGUCGGUCGAUCGUUCCUGGACCGGCCCGCCGGAGGCCAAGUUCAUGGCCGAGCCUGUGCCUCCCCACGACGAAUUCAUCGAUGGAGUAGCCACCCGUGAUGUGGUGAUUGACAAGGAAGCGGGCUCCCGUGUCCGGAUUUACCUGCCCGAGCGUCGUCCCGCGGAGGAGAAGCUGCCCAUCCUCCUCCACUUCCAUGGAGGAGGUUUCUGCAUUACCCAGGCUGAUUGUUUCAUGUACUACACCAUAUACACCAAGCUCGCCCGCUUGGCCCCGGCGAUCUGCGUGUCGGUGUACCUGAAGCUGGCCCCGGAGCACCGUCUCCCUGCAGCCAUCGAUGAUGCCUACUCGGCCCUUCUCUGGCUCCAAGAUGUGGCCAGGGGGGAGAAGGGCGAGCCCUGGCUCGAGGCGCAAGGGGACUUCAGCCGGAUCUUCCUGAUUGGGGACAGCUCCGGGGGGAACUUAGUCCACGAGGUUGCAGCCAGGGCUGGGAAAGCUGACAUUGGCCCCUCCAAGCUGGCUGGGGCGAUCCCAAUCCACCCGGGGUUCAUGAGAUCACAGAGGAGCCGGUCCGAGCUGGAGCAACCCCAGUCCCCAUUCCUGACCCUAGACAUGCUGGACAAGUUCAUUGGCUUGAGCCUACCCAUCGGGGCGAACAAGGACCACCCUAUCACGUGCCCAAUGGGACUGGCCGCCCCGCCACUUGCAAAGCUGAACCUGCCUCCCUAUCUGCUCUGUCUGGCCGACAGGGACCUAAUCAUAGACACCGAGAUGGAGUACUACGAAGCUAUGAAGAAAGCUGACAAGGAGGUGGAGUUGUUUAUCAGCCAUGGGAUGACUCACAGCUUUUACCUCAAUAAGAUCGCGGUCGAUAUGGACCCGAACACAUCCGCUGAGACCGACCGGCUUUUCUCGGGCAUCAUAGACUUCAUUCAUAAGCAUUGAAGAUGAUAUAAAUAGCAAUGACCGCCCAAGCCUAGCUUCAAUUCCUCACCCAGUGUUUAAAUUUCAAAUGGAAGUCGUUUGCUCAAAUAGCGUAAGUGGCAUGUAUCCUGAUGAGUUGUUCCAGCGGAGACUUGAGUUCAAAUAAACAUCAAUGUGAAAAGUAAUACGCAUCGACAUAUAUGCAGGGAUCCAUGUCGAGUUCCAGUGUUUCGAAUAUAAAACUUUAUUUAAAAAGAAUAAACUCCAGACGGUUUGAGCUAAUCAA